AUGAGGGGGAUUCUCGCGGCAAAGGUGGAGGAAAUCGUGAGGGAGGUGGUCCGCGGUGUACGCACUCCUGUCCGCGAAGAAGAGAUACGCCGGCGACAAAGGGAGGAGUUCCUCUCGAUCAACGCGGAGCAAGGUCUGUACUUCACUCCCCGAGUCUACGAUGGUUUCAUGCUCCUCCUGCAACGAGCCAAGGCGAUCGCACUCGCGGCAGAGAGGGGAGACUACGACCCAGACACCAACAGCGGCAACGAUACGCCUGGAACGCCUCACGGGGAGGCGGUGCCUGAGGAAGGCGGGGACGGUGCCAGACAAGGCCUCGACAACGCUGUUCUAGCAGGCGCAAAGACAAUCCCAACGGCCAAGGGCAGCAACGAUCACGGGCCCGAGCAGAAGGGGGGACGGGAUGGCAACAGCGGCGGCGGAGGAAACGAAAAUGGGGAGCGUUCGGAAUGCUCGACACGCCCGGCAAGCGCUCUGUCAUCGAGCGAGGGCGCCGACGACGAUGGCAGCAGUAGCAACGACGGUGAUGACAACGAGGACGACGACGAAGGGGGAAAAGUUGAAGCGCAGGACCCAAGCCACGGGAGCAACGCCGGCGACGUCACGGUCGAGCCGACGGAGGUAGAAGGCCAAGAAAAUUCGGCGAUGGCGGGGGCAGAGGAAGGAGAGCGGGGAGUAGAGCAAGAAGCGGGACGGGACGAAGAUGGCACGACGGAAGCAUUCACUGAGGAGGAUGGUGGUCGUGGUGGUGAUACUGGCGGUGGAGAAGACCAAGCGAGCGCGCAAAGCCUUCUUCGCGGUAUGCUCGAGAGGCUGGACUGCGGAGAGUGGGACGGCGACGUGAACACCGUCCUAGCCGCCAUCGACGGCCUGACCAGAUGGAUUCCGGUGCCACCGCCGGCUCUGCCGCCGCCGCCGCCGCCGCUGCCGUCCGCUGGAAUGGACGAAAGCGACGGAGUGCUUCUCACUCCCGGAGCAGAAGGCUUGGCGGACCUGGAUGCAGAUGGCACUCAGCGAGGCGGUAGAGAUGACGAUGGAAUGAGCGCGGCUUCUGGGGACGGAGAUGAUGCAGAUGAUGACGACGACGAAGAGGAGGAAGAAGAGGAGGAAGAAGAGGGAGAAGAAGAGGAGGACGAGGAGGGAGACGAAGACGAUGUCGGCGACGAUGAGGAGGAGGGGCCGCAGCACCCCGUGUUCGCGGAGCAAAGGGCCCUGAGAGCGCAGUGGCGUCGCCUCGUGCUGGAUGCACAGCUCGAGCCGGAGACGGACGAGUGCCUCGAGCUCAUGCGCGAGACGGUCGGGAACAUGGUUGCGGGUAUCCCCGCCGCGAUGGAACAGGCUCGCCGAGAUUCCGCGCUGAUGGCGGCGGGGAAAUCAGCGGCAGGUGGAAAAUCAGCAGCAGUACCAGCAACAGCAGCAGAUUUGAAAACGCCGCGAGGAGGCGUUUUGGGAUUCGACAAGGACUCGAUCGCGAACUGGGCCGCGGCGUGCCCGGGCGACGUAUCCACACGUGAAACCGACGCCAGAGAGGGCGGGCCGCAGGCGCGCGCGGCGGCGGCAGCCAAGGCCGGCAACCGCAAGGCCAGUUUCCUUGCCCUAGCGUACGGGGAGGUGUCUUCCCGAGUCGCCGCCGCCGCCGAGAGCUUCGAGGCCAGCUUGUCCGAAGGCGAAGGUGCGCGCAGGGAGGUCGUGGUUGCUGCCCGCCGCGCCGCUGUGCUAGAGGGGCCCGACGGUCUUCUGAGCGGGAGAGAUGCGGCCGUCCGCCGGGGCGAUGGCAACGGCGGCAGCCGCGGCGGUGCCAGCAGGGGCGACAGCCGUGGUCCGAGAUCACCAUCACCAUCACCGCCACCGCCACCGCUCUCUCGACUGGGCGCUCUCAAGUGGGAAGAUGUAGGGGGUAGACGUAUUCUCUUGCACGUUGAUCUCUCGAAGGGGGCGACGCCGGAAGAUGGCACUUACGGGGGUAGCCUCGGCGUGGGGGGUGGCGAUGGUAUAGGUCACGAUGGUACGGGCGGCCGAACUGGUCAACAGGAGUUUCCGAAACAGGUGCGGAUGGUGGCGGAACAGGUGCGAGAAGUGCUGUCGGCAAAGCCCGCUGCGGUGGCAAUCGUGUCCGAGAUGGCUCCGCCAGCUCUCGCCACUGCGGUCGCCCCCGCUACCGCCACCCUCAACAUCAAAAACUCAGAGGAUGUCGACACGCAGGAAAAUUCUUCCCAGAGCCAACCAUUGGCGGAACCAGGAACGCAACAAGAACAACAACUGUCAGCACAGCACCCUCCCGCCGGUGAUCCAGCAGCCGCUCAAACCGUGCCGUCGAGUCCCGAGUGUGGCUCCCUCCGUGCCUCCGCCGCCGCGGUGUCGAGUCUUCUCGGCAUGGAAGUUGCCUUCUAUGACACCGUGCCGGACCUAGCAGCGGCGCUGGAGCGGUGUGCAGCAGCAGGAGGAAGAGGAGGAGGAGGAGGUUUACCAGGCGCCGGUGGCGGGGAUGAUGUCGGGGCUGGGUCAGGCGACUUGCCGCCGUUCGGGAUGGUGCCGCUGAUGAUGGCCGAGAGACUGAGCUUACCGGGAGUUGUGCCGGCCCCGCCGGUGGAUGAACCCGAGCUCAGCGACGGCGAGGAAGAGCGGCUCCCGGACUUUUCGUGGGAAGGCGAAGAGGCUGAAGCGGCCGCCGAACACGCCAAGGAGAUCGAAGCAGCGCGUCUGAAGGUACAGGGUCCCGGGGAAGGAGACCUCGGUGAGCUCCUAGCCGGUGUCGUGGAUGUGGCGGUGAUGGACGCGCCGAGAGCGUUGUACGAGCCGCGCCGGAAGCUGCCUUGGGGUCCGGUGCCUACGACCGGUCUCACCGUUGCUGGGUCAGGCAAGAAGACCACGGACGGUGGUGUUCAUGGAGAUAUAACCGCCAUGGCGUACCUGACCGAGGCCUCGGACAGGCCUCUUCUGGCAAUAGUCGGCGGAGGUAGCCUCGAACCGCGGCUGAAGCUCAUCGACGGCCUCCUGGACCUGGUCGACACUCUCGCAAUAGGAGGCGGGUUAGCCGCCACUUUCGUCGCGGCUUCGUCAACUGAGGCAGCAACGGCAACUGGGUGGAAGGGGGAGGGUGCGGUAGAUGCCAGCGGCAGCAGCGGCAACAAUACCCAAAGCGUGGGGGGAGAAGUAAACAUCUUCUCUGGCGAGACAAAGGGGGAUAGGGGAUGCAAGAAGCGCUCUUUGUGGGCUUCGAAAAUCCGCGUGGUUUGGGUUCCUUUGUGGGGGGUUUUCUCUUGCGAGAGGUGCAAACGGCCGCAAUACGACUUUGAGAAAGCGAACCGCCUCAUCUUGCACAACGCUUUCUCGCCGAAUCUUUUCGAAAGUGGGGUGCAGAAUCAGGAGCUGUGUUUCGGCGUGACUCAUGAACAGUCCAAGCACCACCCGCUUGAACAACACUGCUUUUCUGGCGAUACUUGCGGCAGCAGUAUGGGCACCGCGGGAGCGCAAGCAGCAGCGGCAGCAGCGGAAGCAAGAAAACGGGCAAAGGCCAGGAAGAAUAGAUGGACUGGCAAGGGCACGGCGGGGAAGCCUCGCGAUCCCCUCGAUGUGGUAGAGGCGGCAAGAAAACUGUUGGUCAAGGCUCGAAAACGAGGGGUAGAGGUUAUCCUUCCGUCGGAUUUCGUGGUCGGUGACAUCGAGGUAGACGAAAACGGCCCCCUGCCGGGACAAGUCCUUUCUGGAGCCGCAGGCCCGGACAAAGACGACGAAGAAAACGACAAAAACGACAACGGCAACGAUAGUACCGCUGGCAGCGUCGCACCGGGCGGCGAAGGUGCGGGUGCCGACGGGGUUAUGGACGCGGCGGCCCUGGACGUGGAGCCGGAAGACCCCGCCAUGGGAUUCGAGUACGAGGGCGAGGACGCCGUAGGCCGCGCUCGAGCGGUGCUCUGGCAUGGCAUGCUCGGUGUGGCGGAGUGCUCGGCAUUCCAGUUCGGGACGAGGGACGUGUUGGAGGCCGCAAGGUCUGCCCACGACAAUGACGAGAUGCGGGAGGCGGGGACGUCACCGGUCGUGAUCUUGUGCGGGAGGUCUCUCGGAGAAUGGGCCGGCCGCUUCGCUGAGGGAGACGAGGGCGACGGCGACGAUGUUCCUCCCCUGGGGUCGGGGUCGGGCGUGUCUCACGUGUUGAGGAGAGGACCGUUCGGGGAAGACGAUGAGGACGACGACGACGAGGACGGGAGUACCGAUGCGGGCUCCUCUCGUGAUUGAUUUUUCAAGUCUUUGAUCAUGACCUCUCCUCGGGUUUGAUUGUUACUCACCCACUUUUGGGGAGCUGUCUGCCACUAGUGCACACAUCACCAUCGAACAAAUUAGGUUCGUCGAGUCGGCUUUCGCCGAGAUACCAGGGGCGAUCUCGGCGUAGGUCCCAACCUCGAGACUACGGUAGUCCCGUAAAUCUGAGACUUUCGCAUCCCGCGGGCUAGUCCCAGGAAUGCUGCUUUACUUCUGACCGCUAUAUCUUUCUAAAUCUGACAUGGAGCCAACCUCCAGCCAUAAACUGUAUGAUAAUCAUGCGUUCAAGGUACUUCGAGGAGAGGUGUUCGUGGGGGGCGGGGCGCGGAAGGGUUCGUUGGUCAGUGUGGGAACUAUUCGAGGCGGAAGGAAAUAUCAAACAUACAUGGAUACUGUUCACAUUGACAUUUGUGAGCUUUUCACGCCCAGUGGGCUCUGUUUGUUCAUCUCCUCGUUGCCCGAUAUUCACGUACAUGUCGCCGGCGAUGCCCUGACUGAUUACGUUUCAGACUCUGUGACGAUGAAGAAGCAAGUACCAUAUUCUCUGUGUUUGUAGUAAAAUUUGGUACAGAUCU